AUGGCCGAACCGGACAGCCCGCACCCGCCGCACCAACAACAGCGCGGCACAAUCCUGGGCUCCUUCCUGCGCGCCCGCCCCCGCGGCAUAUCAACAUCCGCGUCCUCGCCGCCCCCGCCAGACCACAACGCGCCGCCCAUGCCCGCGAGCCCCACCCCGCACUCGCCCAUCGGCGCCGAGCGCCGCCCGAGCCAGACGCCCGCCACCGCGCCCGCGGGCGCCACGUCCGGCUCGUUCUCCCAGAUGCUCCGCCGGCGGCGCUCAGGGGGCAACCUCGUGAACGCCGCGGCGAGCGGGGGCGCGAACGUGGCGGCGGCCAGCCUGCCGCUGCCCGCGCCGUCGACGUCGUUGCCGGCGCCCUCGGCCCUGAACCGCGCCUCGCCGGGUCCCGCGCACACACACGGCCCGCACGCCGCCGCUGCCGCCGGCGGGGACGCACCGAGCCACCGGCUGCGGCUCGUGCCGCAUAUCGACUCGCGCCGGUCGUUAAGGUUCGACGCGAUCACGCGCAACGUCAAAGAAGGCGACUCGCCCCUCCGCAUCGGGCGCUUCACCGACCGUUCAGGGCUGGGCGUCUCAGCCGCGAACGCCUUGGGCUCCAACAAGCUCGCGUUCAAGUCGAAGGUCGUGUCCCGCGCGCACGCGGAGAUCUGGUGCGAGGCCGGCGGCAAGUUUUUCAUCAAGGACACGAAGAGCUCGAGCGGGACGUUCUUGAACCAUGUGCGCUUGAGCGCCGCGGCGGCGGAUUCGCGGCCGUUUGAGUUGAGGGACGGGGAUACGCUGCAGCUGGGCGUGGAUUAUCAGGGCGGGAACGAGGAUAUUUAUAAGUGUGUGAGGAUGAGGGUCGAGAUUGGGAGGGAGUGGCAGAUGGGGGCCAAUGCUUUCAAUACGGCGGCGUUCAAGCAACUCCGCGCGUUCAGUCAGCCGGCAAAGCCGGCAGGCGCCGACGCGAGCGCAGGCAAGAAAGUCGCCCAUGCGAAGAGCGGCUUCCCCGAUUGCUGCAUCUGCCUGUUCAGCGUGACGAUCCAACAAGCGCUCUUCAUCGCCCCGUGCUCCCACGCCUUCCACUACAAGUGUAUCCGACCGCUGCUGGAGGCGCACCAUCCGGCGUUCGCGUGUCCGCUGUGUAGGACGUUCGCGGAUCUGGACGAGGAUGUCGAGGUCGACGGCGCCUCAAUAGCCCUCUCCGCCGAAGUCGACGCAGAGCUGGACUCGGACGUGCCCGCUGGCGCUCUGGCGCCCGCCCUUUCGCAACCCGCGGGGACAGCAGCGAUAAACGUCUCCGAAGAGGCCCUCGACACGCGCUCCAACCCGUCCUCUCAAGGACAUAAUAAUAUGGCUGACUACGCGAGCGGGAGCGAGAUGGCGCUCGACGGGGGCCGGAUGGGCGCGGAGACGGAUGUGGAGAGGGACGGGCCGGCGACGGCUGUGCCCGGGCGAUACGGACGGGACGCGGGGGGACGGUUACCGCCGAUGCCGCGGAAUGGGAAUGGGGUGGACAGCGAUGAGGACGCGGAGAUGGUCGAGGCGUUCGAGGAGGCUGCCGAGGAUCUUGCGCCCGCCACGGACGGCGUUGAUCGGCUGAGGAUGAGGAGCCGGAGCGGGAGCUUGAGUGUUGAUGGGAGUCCGGGCGCGAGUGGAGGGGGUGCGCAUGGGGGCGUGGUUGUGGUUGGAGGAGGAGGGAGCGGAGGGAAUGGGGAGGAGAGGGGGGCGAAGAGGAAGCGGUAG